AUGCCUCGCAACAAUAAAGAUGAGCCGCCUGCGGUUCGGGUCUACACUGUUUGUGAUGAAUCCAAGUAUUUGAUUGUUAGAAAUGUUCCUGCAUUAGGCUGCGGUGAUGAAUUGUUAAAAGCGUUUUCAAAUUACGGAGAGGUCGAAGAAUGCAAACCAAUGGAUGCCGAGGAAUGCGAGGAGUUCACCGAUAUUUAUUGCAUUAAGUUUCGCAAGAUUGAUAAUGCUAGGUUUGCCAAAAGAAAGCUGGACGAGUUUGUUUUUCUAGGGAAUAGGUUGCAGGUUUCUUACGCCCCACAAUUUGAGUCGUUACUGGAUACAAAGGAGAAGUUAGAGACGAGGAGAAAUGAAGUGCUUGCGCGGUUAAAUCCUAACGCUAGAUUGUCUAAACGUGAUUCUGGGACGAUUCAGGGUCAUAGCCCGAUGGAUGAUUCAGCAUUAAAUUUCAGAGGAAGGGAGAUUAAGGAUUACGGCAAUGUUGUUACUAGUGGAGGUUCUGUUUCUGAUACUGCACUGUCUAAACGUGAUUCUGGAGCGAUUCAGAGUCACAGCCGGGUGGAUGAUUCUCCAUUAAAUUUCAGAGAAAGGGAGUUUAGGGAAUCCGGUAAUGUAGCAACAAGCAAAGGUUCUGUUACUAAGGCAUUUGUUUCAUCUGAUAAAUAUUUUCCAUCAGAAUCUAUGAACCAAACGGUUAGGAUGGUCAGGGAGAGGCUUGAUAAGAUACAGCAGUCAGGCGGGAGUGUUCCUGAAACCGGACAGUCUAAAAGAGCACGAGUUGACAAUAGAAGAAGAAUUUGA